AUGAUUUUGAUACCGGGAAUGGCUUCAAUACUGCGGUGGAAUCAUCUUUCCCUCCCAGCGUCAUCUUCGCCCAUGGCUGAACUUGGACACCGAGUCAAAGAAGCAUUGAAGUUGAUGGAUCAAUUUCUUAGCAUUCCUCUAGUGACCUCCAUGAGUGACCAAAACAUAGUAUGGCCCAGCACUGCUUGCAAGACUCUGGAGACUUUGAGCGCUAACAUUCCACCCCUCAGUGCUGCUGACAUGGCGUUCCUCCGCACAGUGGGUAAAGACCUAGUGGAACGCGGGAAAGCGGUGAAACCAGCUCGGCAGGUGGCUAGAGCAAGCACAAUGCCGACUCUCGUCAAAGGGGCUUAA